CAUGAAAAUGGUAUCACUUAAAUGAAAUUAUCUUGUUAAGUCAUAAAAAUACUAAUCCGAAUAUAUAUGUGUGUAUAUAGACAUACAUUUUAAGAUAGUAUAUGUGUCUAUUAAGUAUAGAACUUUAAUCACUUGUUGCUCUUACUUUCUGUUAAAUUCUUGGGCAACAUAAGUGAUUAUAUUAAUCGGAUUCAAAUUAAUAAUAAGAAGAAAUAAUAUUUUGUAUAUUUUUCUUAAUAAUUUUUGUGUUUUUAAAGUAAAAUAACUAAAUAUAUAUGGAUUUUCUUAUGUCAGGUAAUACAAUGUGUCAUCCUCCACUGUUCUAAAGCAUAGUAAAAACAACAUUGCAGCUGAUUAAUAAAGACUCAUUUAUGUACAGAUCUUAUGUAAAGCUAUAGUUAUAACUUAAAUAAUCUAUUUAUUUUUAACAAUGGAUUCAAUGCUUGCAAUAAAGCAUUUUUUUGGAAAUGCAGUACAAAUGCUUAUAAGGAAAUUUAAGAGCUUUUUACAACGUCUAUGUAAAUGCCGCUAUUUGAGGUUUCUCUUGUCUUGUGCAAUAGAUAAAAAUAUGACUGAACGUGGUCCAUCUGCAGAGAGCCAGGACUCUCAACAAGUAAGAGUCUUGACUCUAAAUAAAGGAGAACAUCUUGAUGGAAUUUUAUAUAGACUUAAGAAAGGAUGGAAAGUGGAAUUCAAACUUGGAGCUUCUCUUCUUGGAAAGACGCUUGAUGUUUUUACUAAUCAUCCACUAUCAAAUGAUCAGAAAUUUGAAAGGCACACAUAUUACCAAUUACCUUGGAUAAAUGAUUCUGCUAAUUUACUUCUAACUUUACCUGGUUCCUUUCACUAUUAUGUUAUGGAUUCUGGUACUGAAUCAAGAAUAAAAGCCAUUGCUUCUGGAUAUUUGAUGGUGGAUCCUGAAUUAAAAGUUGGAGAACGUGGAGAAUUAUUACCAUUAGAUUGCAUUCAAUGUCAAACUGUAUUGGCAAAAAGUUUAGGACCCUUUUCCACUUGGGAAAAUAAAUUACUAGUAGCUCAUAAUUCUGGAUAUAAUGUGAUACAUUUUACACCAAUUCAGGAAUUAGGAUUGUCUAAAUCAUCCUACAGUUUAAGUGACCAAUUAAAAUUGAAUCCUCUCUUCAAUGAUGGAGACACAGUAAUUACUUUUGACGAUAUUGAUGAAUUUAUAAAUAAAAUUCGUAAUGAAUGGAAAAUGUUAAGUAUAUGUGAUGUUGUUUUAAAUCAUACAGCAAAUGAAAGUUCCUUCUUAGUCUCUCAUCCAGAAUGCACAUACAACUGUAUCAACAGUCCUCAUUUACGUCCUGCAUACAUUUUAGACUCUGCUUUAUUUGAAUUAACAAUUCAGGUUGCUUCUGGAGAGUGGGAAUUUAAAGGUAUUCCUACAGUAGUUGAAACAGAGGAUCAUUUAAAUUCUAUUCGUCAUGCUCUACAUGCAUAUUUUUUACCACUUGUAAAAAUCCAUGAAUUGUAUAUAUUGGAUAUUAACGAAACAAUAGCAGAAUUUUUAAAUUUAGCACGAACUCAAAUCCCUCAAGAUAUUAAUGAAUUACCAAUAGAGGAUAUAAAAAUAAUAAAAGAUCCCAAAUUUCGUAGAUUAAAAGCAACUAUAGAUAUGCCACUUGCUCUUAAAAAAUAUAAUACAUACAGGGCUGAUUGUUUUGAUGAGGAAACUCGCCUGAAACGUUGUGCAGAAGAUCUUAGAAAAAAAUUACAAGAACUUAAUGAUAUAAUUAUAAAUGAAAUUCAAAAUCAUUUGAAUGCAGCUGUUGAAAAUACAGUUGCAGGCAUACGAUAUUUUAGAGUGCAAGCAGAUGGACCCAGGAUUAAGGAAAUUAGUGAAAGAAAUCCACUCGUACCUCGAUAUUUUACUGAUUAUGGAGCUCCUAAAUCAUUAGUUGAAAGAGAAGCAACAAUGUUUUCAGAGGCUGGUUGUUAUCUGAUGGUUCAUAAUGGAUGGGUUAUGAAUGGAGACCCUUUAAAAAACUUUGCUGACCCUGAUUCAAAUAUCUAUAUUCGAAGAGAACUUAUUGCAUGGGGUGAUAGUGUGAAGCUUAGAUAUGGUGAAAAACCAGAGGAUUGUCCUUUUUUGUGGGAUCACAUGACAAAAUAUGUAGAGCAGACUGCCAAGAUUUUUGAUGGUAUACGUCUUGAUAAUUGUCAUUCUACACCUAUUCCUGUUGCUGAGCACAUGUUAGACGCUGCUCGUCGCAUUCGUCCUGAUUUGUAUGUAGUUGCAGAACUAUUUACGAAUUCUGAUCAAAAAGAUAACAUUUUCGUUAAUCGUCUUGGCAUUACAUCUUUGAUUAGAGAGGCAAUGUCUGCAUGGGACAGUCAUGAGGAAGGACGAUUAGUUUACCGAUAUGGAGGAGAACCCGUUGGAGCUUUCUUGCCAUCACGUAAACGACCAUUAGUACCAUCUAUAGCUCAUGCUCUUUUCUUGGAUCAAACUCAUGAUAAUCCUAGUCCAAUCGAAAAACGAAGUGUUUUUGAUUUACUCCCAAGUACUGGGCUUGUAUCAAUGGCAUGUUGUGCUAGUGGAAGCAAUCGAGGAUAUGAUGAAUUAGUGCCACAUCAUAUUCAUGUUGUUGAUGAAACAAGACAAUAUGCAUCAUGGACAGAUGAUGAUAAUUUGGUAGAUGGUAUAAAAUUUGUAAAUCAUCGAAACGGUAUAAUUAAAGCUAAAAGGGCUUUGAACGAACUACAUUAUACUCUUGGCAAAGAGAAAUUUUCCCAAGUAUUUGUCGAUCAAAUGGAUUCUGAUGUAGUUGCAGUAACAAGACAUUCACCUUCUACUCAUGACAGUGUUGUUUUAGUUGCCUUUACAGCAUUCAAACAUCCUGACCCUAAUGCUAAUGAUUUGAGAAGAUAUAUAAAGCCAUUAAGAGUAGAAGGUGUUGUAGAAGAAAUCAUUUUGGAAGCUUCAUUAUCACACAGUGGAACAAAAAAUGGUACAUCUCCGUUUCUUUAUCCACAAAACUUUGUUAAGGAUGAAAAUAUCAUAAAUGGAAUGUCCGAGUAUGUUAUCAGUUUGAAAGAACAUAUUCAGAUUUGUGAUUCUACUAUGUUAGAAAAAGUUGAUUCAGGAGAUCCUAAAAUAACACAGCUUAACUUUAUCAAUUUUAUACCUGGUUCUGUUAUUGCUAUCCGGGUAUCUCUUCAUGCUAAUAUAAAGCCUGCUCUGGCCAAACUUCAAAACACUAUUUCUUUAAUCACAUCAAACAAAAGCUCAGACUUGCGAGUUGUUGUAUCUCGCAUGGAUCUUGUAGAUUUGAAUAAAGCUCUCUAUAGAUGUGAUCAAGAAGAACGUGAUGAAACUUCAAAUAAAUUUGGAGUAUAUGACAUACCUGGUUAUGGACCUUUAGUCUAUGCAGGAUUACAAGGUGUUAUAUCUGUAUUAGCAGAUAUUCGACCAAAUAAUGAUCUUGGUCAUCCUUUAUGUGCUAAUUUAAGACAGGGGAAUUGGUUAAUAGAUUAUAUUUGGCAACGACUUAAGGAGGAUCAUGGUACUAAAGCUCUUGGAGAAUGGUUAGAGGAAGUAGUUGAACCAUUUAAAUUAAUUCCUCGUUAUUUAGUACCAAGCUAUUUUGAUGUGAUUGUUACUAAUGUCUACAUAACUUUAUUGGAACAAUGUUAUGCUUUAAUGUCAAGUUUUGUGAAGAAUGGUUCUACUUUUAUUAAAAUACUCUCUUUAGUCUCAGUACAAAUGGGAGGUAUAGUAAAAUCAGCCCAAUUACCAGACUUAUCACCAAAUUUAGAUCCUCCUAAGCCAAAAGUGAUACAAUAUAAUGGAGACACAGAACAAAUAUGUUUAACAUUAUCAGCAGGUCUACCACACUUUGUAGUAGGAUACAUGAGAAAUUGGGGUAGAGAUACAUUUAUUGCUUUAAGAGGUUUACUCCUUUUAACAGGUAGACACCAAGAAGCUAGAUUCAUAAUCCUUGGUUUUGCUGGUACUUUACGACAUGGUUUAAUACCAAAUCUUUUAGAUAAAGGAAAAAAUGCAAGGUAUAAUUGCCGCGAUGCCUUGUGGUGGUGGUUAUAUACUAUUCAAUGUUAUAUUCAAGAAGUUCCAAAUGGUUUAAAGAUUCUAUCAGAUAAAGUUUCAAGACUCUUUCCCAGUGAUGAUUCUCCUUCGUUACCAGCAGGACAAGUUGACCAACCUUUGUAUGAUGUUAUACAAGAAGCACUUAUGGUACAUUUUCAAGGACUUUGCUUCAGAGAAAGAAAUGCUGGAAAACAAAUUGAUGAACACAUGACUGAUAGAGGAUUUAAUAAUCAAAUUGGUGUGCAUCCAGAAACAGGUUUUAUUUUUGGUGGUAAUGAUGCUAAUUGUGGAACAUGGAUGGAUAAAAUGGGAUCAUCUGAAAAAGCUGGUAACAAAGGGAAACCUGCUACACCAAGAGAUGGCUCAGCUAUAGAAAUAAUUGGUCUUAGUAAAAGUAUUUUGAGUUUUCUAGCUGAACUAUAUAAACAAAAUCUUUUCCCUUAUGGCAGUGUUCAAAGAAAAAAUCGUGAUGGAACUGUAGUAACUUGGAGUUAUAAACAAUGGGCAGACAAAAUAUCCGCAAAUUUUGAAAAAUAUUUUUAUAUAAACGAAGUGUCCACAGAAGGUGAAUUAAAACCUGAAUUAAUCCAUCGCCGUGGCAUAUUCAAGGAUAGUCAUGGAGCCACACAGGAAUGGGCAGAUUAUCAAUUACGUCCUAAUUUUCCAAUUACUAUGAUAGUUGCCCCAGAAUUAUUUAAUCCACAUCAUGCAUGGACAGCAUUGAAGAAAGUCGAAGAAAUUUUAUUAGGACCAUUAGGGAUGAAAACAUUAGAUCCUGCAGACUGGGCAUAUAAUGGUUAUUACGAUAAUUCAAAUGAUUCUAAUGAUACUAAACUUGCACAUGGAUGGAAUUAUCAUCAAGGGCCAGAAUGGAUUUGGCCAAUGGGUUAUUUUCUUAGAGCUCGUUUAUAUUUUGCCCCAUUAGUUGGGGGUGUAGAUGAACUGCGUCGCACGAUUGAAUCAACUGAAAUUAUUAUUUCACGACAUUUUGUUGAAGCAUCUACGAAUCAUUGGCGUGGUCUUCCUGAACUUACUAAUAAGGAUGGAGAAUAUUGUAGAGAUAGUUGUCGAACACAAGCAUGGAGUGCUUCAUCUAUACUAGAGGUUCUCCAUGAUUUAAAUAAAAUCAAACAAAAAUUACAAUCUGAAAAUCAAGAUUCAAUAAAUUGAUAUAAUUUUGCGUGUGUUCACCACCGCCGGCUACACUUAGAAUGUUUAAACUUAGAAAAAGAAAGUAGCAUUAGGAAAAAAACUGAUCACGAAAAAUUACGUAUUCUUGAGAAGGUAAGAGUAACACAAUGCACGGAGACACACGCAUAUGAUAAACAGCACGUUACUUUAACAAAUGCACUGCCAUGCAGCACUAUAACAACUUUUCCUGUAGUUGAUGAAGUUUUUUCGUCGGAAUCUAAAAAUAUAGUAACAGCAGAUAAUAUAGAAAGUAAUGAUGGAUCAAAACUAAGAAAACAAUAUUAUAACUCUGAUCCUAAAAAUGAUUUCGAAGCGAUUGAAACUUUAUCUAAUGCAACCGAAAUGUCUAUAUCCUGUGACGCAAAUGUUACUUAUAAAACAGCACAAUUCGUUCGUGAAAACGAAAUAUCUACAAAUUAUUCUCAAAAAUAUUUCAGUGAAAAUAAAAGAAAAAAUGUAGAUAAAAGUGAUAUAAAACCUUCAUCAUUAAGUGAUCAUGUUUAUGAAGAAGUUGGAAGAAUUAAGGAGCCACAGUACUGGCCUGAAUUUGAUAUUUUAGAUUAUUAUGAGAAAUAUAGUCCUACAACGGCAAAGACUUUAAUAAAUACUCUUCUUUUACCAAAACAAAAAAUAUGUAAACAAUGUGCCAGUUCAAAAUAUAGUCCAGUAUAUAGUGA